UUGGAUCCCGUUCUAACCCCCGCUCCAUCACCUAUAUAGACGUCUCCAGGGCUUCUCUACUCCCCAAUUUUCCUUCCCCGAUCGAGCCCUUCGCCUCGCGCUCGAUCACCUUGGACGCCUCCUGGUCUAGCUUCUCUCCACCGUGAAAAUGAGAGAAAUCCUCCACGUCCAGGGCGGCCAGUGCGGGAACCAGAUCGGUUCCAAGUUCUGGGAAGUGGUGUGCGAUGAGCACGGGAUCGAUCCCACCGGGAGGUACACAGGAAACUCCGAUCUCCAACUGGAGCGCAUCAAUGUGUACUACAACGAGGCCUCCUGUGGGAGGUUCGUCCCCAGGGCGGUGCUUAUGGAUCUGGAGCCUGGCACCAUGGACAGCAUCCGCACGGGGCCGUACGGCCAGAUUUUCCGCCCAGAUAACUUUGUGUUCGGCCAGUCCGGCGCCGGGAACAACUGGGCCAAGGGGCACUACACCGAGGGGGCUGAGCUCAUCGAUUCAGUUCUUGAUGUGGUGAGGAAGGAGGCGGAGAACUGUGACUGCCUCCAAGGAUUUCAGGUUUGCCACUCGCUUGGAGGAGGGACUGGAUCUGGAAUGGGAACACUUCUGAUAUCAAAGAUCAGGGAGGAGUACCCUGAUCGGAUGAUGCUCACAUUCUCUGUUUUCCCGUCUCCGAAGGUUUCUGACACAGUGGUUGAACCCUAUAAUGCUACCCUUUCUGUCCACCAGUUGGUGGAGAAUGCAGAUGAAUGCAUGGUCCUGGAUAAUGAGGCACUCUAUGAUAUCUGCUUCCGCACACUCAAGCUCACCACUCCUAGCUUUGGAGACUUGAACCACCUCAUCUCUUCAACUAUGAGUGGGGUCACAUGCUGCCUUCGGUUCCCUGGGCAAUUGAACUCUGACCUCCGGAAGCUGGCUGUGAACCUGAUCCCCUUCCCCCGUCUCCACUUCUUUAUGGUUGGCUUUGCCCCAUUGACCUCUCGUGGAUCACAGCAAUACCGGGCCCUGACAGUCCCUGAGCUGACCCAGCAGAUGUGGGAUGCCAAGAACAUGAUGUGUGCUGCUGACCCUCGGCAUGGCCGCUACCUCACUGCAUCUGCCAUGUUCCGUGGAAAAAUGAGCACCAAAGAAGUUGAUGAGCAGAUGAUCAAUGUCCAGAACAAGAAUUCUUCCUACUUUGUGGAGUGGAUCCCCAACAAUGUUAAAUCCAGUGUUUGUGACAUUCCACCUAGGGGCCUCUCUAUGGCCUCAACCUUCAUCGGUAACUCAACAUCGAUCCAAGAGAUGUUCAGUAGGGUGAGCGAGCAGUUUACAGCUAUGUUCAGGCGGAAGGCCUUCUUACACUGGUACACAGGGGAGGGUAUGGAUGAGAUGGAAUUCACCGAGGCUGAGAGCAACAUGAAUGACCUUGUCUCAGAGUAUCAGCAGUAUCAAGAUGCUACUGCUGAUGAGGAAGGUGAUUAUGAGUAUGAGGAAGAGGAGCCCCAGGAGGUCUGAGCAAGAUGAAUCAAAUUUGUGUGGUGCUGGUUAGUUUGUGGUGAUGGUGGCAGUAUUAUUUUGGGUGGUAGCAGAUAUAGCUUGUGCUUGCACCCCUCACAUUCUUAUGUCGGAGGAUCAGUGAGGUGUGUUUCCUUUUACAUGUUAUUCCACUGUUAUUACUUACUAUCUGUACUUUUUACCAGGGCUACCUACCCCCUAGCAGUUUACAAAUUGGAUAAUAUGCUUGAGAUAAUCGGUGUCUCAUUUACUCUCUCGCUCAGUGAUGUCUUUCCAAUAUGCCUGUUUGGAGUUCUGUCCAUGUACUCUGCGGCAUUAGCCAGUUAAUUUGACUUUUCUA